GCACUUCAGUUCUUUCAGCGCCGCAGAGGAGAAGCAGAAUAUAUUUAUCGCGGGCGUUUUUCUUCCUCCUUCUCUCCGCUGUACUUUUUUUCUGCUUUAGUAUUAGAUUGCCGUAGUUAGGUUUAGAGCUUCAGACGCGCACCGACUGCAGUGGAAGCCGUUUUGGAGGAGAAUGAAGUCGGUUUAUAACGGAUAUUUCUCACAAUAGGAGAAGUGUCGACUUCCCGAGCAGCAGUUUGCACGGAGCUGUGUGACGUUAUGCUAGCAGCUUUCUCUUCACUAGUCUUUUCUGUGCUGUUUCAGGAUCCUGCAGGAGGAUCGCUCUAGGAAACUCGAGAGCGGAAUUGUAAAGUGAAGUAGGACAGACACAGCAAGAUGUCCGGGGCUUCAGUGAAAGUAGCAGUGAGGGUGCGACCCUUCAACUCCAGAGAGAUGGCCAAUGACUCCAAAUGUAUUAUCCAGAUGCAAGGCAACACGACCACUAUCUCCAACCCCAAAAACCCAAAAGAACCAUUGAAGACCUUCAGCUUCGACUAUUCAUACUGGUCCCAUACCACGAUAGAAGAUCCCAGCUUUGCCUCCCAGUCUAAGGUAUUCAAUGACAUCGGCAAAGAGAUGCUGCAGCAUGCCUUCGAAGGCUACAACGUGUGCAUUUUUGCAUACGGACAGACUGGGGCAGGGAAGUCCUAUACCAUGAUGGGGAAACAGGAAGAGGGGCAAGAGGGGAUCAUCCCGCUGCUCUGCGAAGAUCUCUUUGAGAAAAUCAAUGACAACAGGAAAGAUGAAAUCUCCUAUUCUGUGGAGGUCAGCUACAUGGAAAUCUAUUGCGAAAGAGUUCGGGAUUUACUGAACCCCAAGAACAAGGGGAACCUGCGAGUCCGGGAGCACCCUCUGCUGGGCCCGUACGUGGAAGAUCUCUCCAAACUGGCCGUCACCUCGUACACCGACAUCGCAGACCUGAUGGACGCCGGGAACAAAGCCAGGACUGUAGCUGCCACCAACAUGAAUGAAACCAGCAGCAGAUCCCACGCAGUGUUCACGAUAGUCUUCACACAGAGGAAGCUUGACGCAGAAACCAAUCUUUCAACAGAAAAGGUCAGCAAAAUCAGCCUGGUGGACCUGGCGGGCAGUGAAAGAGCUGACUCCACUGGGGCCAAGGGGACCAGGUUAAAGGAAGGUGCAAAUAUCAACAAAUCCCUCACAACAUUAGGAAAAGUGAUCUCUGCUCUCGCUGAAGUUGAUAACUGCACCAGCAAGAGCAAGAAGAAAAAGAAGACGGACUUCAUACCAUACAGAGACUCUGUGUUGACGUGGCUGCUUAGAGAGAAUUUAGGCGGAAACUCUAGAACUGCGAUGGUUGCUGCUCUCAGUCCAGCGGACAUUAACUAUGAUGAAACACUUGGCACUUUAAGGUACGCGGAUCGGGCCAAACAGAUCAAAUGCAACGCUGUGAUCAAUGAAGAUCCCAACGCCAAGCUGGUCCGCGAACUCAAGGAGGAAGUGGGCAGGCUGAAGGACUUGCUGCGCGCUCAGGGCCUGGGAGAUAUCCUGGACAUUGAUCCAAUGGGAGAUGAUUACCCAGGAGAUGGAGGCACAUACCUGAAAGACGUACACAACAAUAACCAUAGAUACUUACUAGCCUCUGAGAAUCAACGCCCUGGCAAUUUCUCCACAGCACCCACAGGUUCCCUGACAGCCUCCCCAUCUUCCUGCUCUCUCAGCAGCCAGGCUGGGCUGCAGUCUGUCACCAGCAUACAGGAACGUAUCAUGUCCACGCCGGGAGGAGAAGAGGCCAUCGAACGGCUAAAGGAAUCAGAAAAGUUUAUUGCAGAGCUCAAUGAGACCUGGGAAGAGAAACUGAGGAAGACGGAAGCAAUCCGAAUGGAAAGAGAGGCUCUGCUGGCUGAAAUGGGAGUGGCCAUUCGAGAGGACGGAGGAACACUGGGCGUUUUCUCUCCUAAAAAGACUCCGCAUCUUGUUAACCUCAAUGAAGACCCUCUCAUGUCAGAGUGUCUGCUGUAUUACAUCAAAGACGGCAUUACAAGGGUUGGCCAGGCAGAUCCAGAAAGACGUCAAGAUAUUGUUCUGAGUGGAGCCCAUAUCAAAGAGGAGCACUGCAUCUUCAGGAGCGAGAGGAAUGGCAACGGGGAUGUUAUCGUCCUGCUGGAACCGUGUGAAGGGUCGGAGACAUACGUUAAUGGGAAACGAGUCGGCGCUUCCGUGCAGCUGCGCUCAGGCAACCGUAUCAUCAUGGGAAAGAACCAUGUGUUCCGUUUCAACCACCCCGAGCAGGCCCGCGCUGAGAGGGAGAAGACUCCAUCCGCAGAGACCCCCUCUGAACCAGUGGACUGGACCUUUGCUCAGAGGGAGCUGCUGGAGAAGCAGGGCAUCGAUAUGAAGCAGGAGAUGGAGAAAAGGCUCACAGAGAUGGAAAUCUUGUACAAAAAGGAGAAGGAAGAAGCAGAUCAGCUUCUGGAACAGCAGAGACUGGUGUACGAGAGCAAGCUGCAGGAGCUGCAGAAGCAGGUGGAGACUCGCUCGCUGACUGCUGAGACCACUGAGGAGGAGGAGGAAGAGGAGGAAGUACCCUGGACCCAGCAUGAGUUUGAGACAGCGCAGUGGGCAUUCCGAAAGUGGAAAUAUCACCAGUUCACCUCGCUCCGAGACCAGCUGUGGGGCAACGCAGUGUACCUCAAAGAGGCCAAUGCCAUCAGCGUGGAACUGAAGAAGAGGGUGCAGUUCCAGUUCGUGCUGCUCACAGACACGCUGUACUCCCCCCUGCCCCCCGAGUUGCUCCCCACGGAGGCAGAGAAGGACCGGGACCCGCGCCCCUUCCCCAGGACCGUGGUGGCCGUGGAGGUGCAGGACCUCAAGAACGGAGCCACCCAUUACUGGUCCCUGGAGAAACUCAAGCAAAGGCUGGAUCAGAUGCGUGAGAUGUAUGACCGAGCUGGUGAAAUGGCGUCCUCCAUUCAUGAAGACAAUGACAACGUGCUGACUGGGAACGACCCCUUCUACGACCGCUUCCACUGGUUCAAGCUUGUGGGAAGCUCCCCUAUUUUCCACGGCUGUGUGAACGAGCGGCUCGCGGACCGCACCCCGUCUCCGACCUUCUCCACGGCCGACUCGGACAUCACUGAGUUGGCCGACGAGCAGCAGGACGAAAUGGACGACUUUGACGACGAGGCCUUUGUGGACGACACUGGCUCGGACGCGGGCACUGAAGAGGGAUCGGACAUCUUCAGUGAUGGCCAGGACCCGUUUUACGACCGGUCUCCCUGGUUCAUUUUAGUGGGAAGAGCCUUUGUGUAUCUCAGUAACCUCCUGUACCCAGUGCCCCUCGUCCACAGAGUGGCGAUUGUGAGUGAGAAAGGGGAGGUUCGAGGAUUCCUGCGUGUUGGGGUCCAAGCCAUUGCAGCUGAUGAAGAAGCUCCAGACUAUGGCUCAGGAGUGCGACAGUCAGGAACUGCCAAAAUUUCUUUUGACGAUGAAUACUUCCAAACUAGUGACUGUUCCACUGUUGCAUUGACCCGGUCAGGGCUGUCCCUUGAGGAGCUGAGGUAUGUGGAAGGGCAGGGUCAGAGUUCAGAGGUCGUAACCCCUUCAGAAGAGCACAACAGGAUAAAUGAACUGGAUCUGAAGGGUAACAUGAGGGACACCAAGCUGUCCAUUGAAGGUCUGACGGAGGAGCUGGCGAACCAGCUGGUGGUCGGAAGAGUCUUUACCUUCCGAGUGACCGUCCUGCAGGCCAUCGGGAUUCUUCCGGAGUACGCAGACAUCUUCUGCCAGUUCAACUUCCUGCAUCGUCACGAUGAAGCGUUUUCCACGGAACCGUUAAAGAACACGGGGCGAGGGGCUCCUCUGGGAUUCUUCCACGUGCAGAAUGUCGCUGUUGAGGUGACAGAGUCUUUCAUUGAGUAUAUAAAGACCAAACCCAUUGUGUUUGAGGUGUUUGGACACUACCAGCAGCAUCCUCUACACCUGCAGGGGCUGGACAGCCUCCUACAACCCUCUCGCAAAUCUCUCCCUCCACCAAUGCCGCUGUCUAAACCAGUUCCAGCUACUAAACUAAAUGCCAUAAGCAAGCCCAAUCUGGGACAAUGUGUCAGCAAGUAUGACCUACUGGUCUGGUUUGAGAUCAGUGAACUGGAACCCACUGGGGAGUAUAUCCCUGCAGUCGUGGAUCACACAGGAGGCCUCCCCUGUCACGGCACUUACCUGCUUCAUCAGGGUAUUCAGCGCAGAAUCACAGUCACCAUCAUCCACGAGAAAGGCAGCGAGCUGCACUGGAAGGAUGUGCGAGAGCUGGUUGUAGGUCGCAUCAGAAAUAAACCGGAGGUGGACGAUGCUGCUGCAGAUGCUGUUUUGUCUCUGAAUAUAAUCUCAGCAAAGAAUAUCAAGUCUUCACACAAUUCCAACAGGAUUUGUCUUGAUAAGGAAAUACCUAGGACCUUCUACCGGUUUGAGGCAGUGUGGGACAGCUCUCUACACAACUCUCUUCUCCUGAACCGCGUGACUCCGUACGGGGAGAAGAUUUACAUGACCCUGUCUGCAUACUUGGAGCUUGACCACUGCAUCCAGCCUGCAGUGAUCACGAAGGACGUCUGUAUGGUGUUCUACUCCCGGGAUGCUAAAAUUUCCCCCCCUGGCUCUCUGAAGAGCCUGUUUGGUAGAGGAUACUCCAAGUCACCUGACUGUAACAGAGUGACUGGGAUCUAUGAGCUGAGCUUGUGCAAAAUGGCAGACACAGGCAGCCCAGGUAUGCAGAGAAGGAGGAGAAAGGUCCUGGAUACGUCGGUGGCGUACGUCAGGGGAGAGGAGAACCUGGCUGGGUGGAGACCUCGUGGAGACAGCCUCAUUCUGGAGCACCAGUGGGAGCUUGAGAAACUAGACCUGCUGCAUGAGGUUGAGAAGACCCGGCACCUGCUGCUGCUGCGUGAGAAGCUGGGCGAGACGACGGCCCCCAAGUCCCUGAGCGAGUCCCUCUCCCCUAGCUUGAGCAGCGGCACCCUGAGCACCUCCACCAGCAUCUCCUCCCAGAUCUCCAGCGCCACCUUCGAGAGCGCCAUCACCCCCAGCGAGAGCAGCGGCUACGACUCCACCGACAUAGAGAGCCUGGUUGAGCGCGAGAAGGAGCUUGCCACCAAGUGCCUGCGACUCCUCACCCACACCUUCAACAGAGAGUAUAACCAGGUCUGCAACAGCAUUAGUGACUGCAAACUGUCAGAUAUCUCUCCGAUGGGACGGGAUCCUUCAGUGUCGAGCUUCAGCAGUGCCACUCUCACGCCGUCAUCUACCUGCCCCUCCCUGGCGGACUCCAGAUGUAACUCCACGGACCAAAAAACUCCAGAAGCCAACUCCAGAGCCACCAGCCCUUCCUGUGCUGACUAUGAGAACUUCCCCAUGGUUCCCAUUGUGGAGACCUCCUACCUGGCUCGAGCCGGCAAGAACGAGUUCCUCAACCUGGUCCCUGACAUUGAGGAGAUGAGACCCGGGUCGGUGGUUUCUAAGAAAGGCUACCUUAACUUCAUGGAGCCCAGGUCUAACUCGUGGGUGAAGUACUUUGUGGUGGUGCGGCGUCCCUACGUCUUCAUGUACAACAACGACAAGGACCCCGUGGAGAGGGGCGUCCUGAACCUGUCCACCGCGCAGGUUGAGUACAGUGAGGACCAGCAGGCAAUGCUGAAGACGCCCAACACGUUUGCAGUGUGUACCAAGCAUCGUGGGCUUCUACUGCAGGCUAUCAAUGAUAAAGACUUGAAUGACUGGCUGUAUGCCUUCAACCCACUUCUAGCUGGCACAAUAAGGUCCAAACUUGCCCGAAGGCGCUCAGGGCAGCUGAAGAAUUGAGAACGGUCCCUACACUGAGUGCAGGGAAUGCAGUACCUGUUCUUCUGACUUGCCUUUGAAGAUACAAAGUGUUAACACUUACUUAUCUUUGUGAUUCUUGACGGUUUUCUCUUGUAUGUAGACCUGUGGUUAACUCUUCUUCGAAGCACCUUUUUAUGUUAACAUAAUCCUCCACCACCCCCUCCUCCUUACCUCCCUCCCUCCUUCUCCUCCUUUUUUGUCUUUCCUAAAACUUAACUAGUAGCAUGUUGUAAUACAGUCUAGUUGUGUGUGUGUGUGUGUGUGCACGAUUUUUCAGCAGUUUUUUCCAAUUCUGAGUUUUUGUGUCUCUAAGGUUGUCCUAUCAGUGUUAUUUCAGUAUGAAACAAUUUUCAGUUGUACCCGCUUGAUAACACAGGCUGUCGACAGGUUAAGCAGAGAUUCAUGCACACAGCAAAAGUAAACAGACUAAAUAUAUACCAUUGAACAAGUUAUUAUGUACUUUGCUUUAAUAGUAUAUUAAUAGUGCAAUUCCUAAACUAGAAUGUUACCAUAUUUAACAAAACACUACAGAGAUUGCCUGUUGGCAAUUGUCUAUAGGAUUUCUCUCUGGUUGACAAUUGGUGGAACAUCAAUAGAGGCAGAGUAUUGGCGUUAGACAGGGUGGUGGCCCUGUCCUUCACACAGAGGAUUGAGACCCCUGAAAGCGCCUCUCUUUUGCAGGCAUGUUUAGGCAUCUUCUUUGGUUAGCCUACUUUUUUAUUUUAGUAACUUUUAAUCAUCUCUGUCGGGACUUGAAACCUAUUGCGGAUUUAGGAAAAAAUACGAACGAGAAGUAAAAUGGGCGAAACCAAAUUGCAAUCUCGCCGUGUCAUAAACGAAAGCAAAAAAAACAAAGAAAAAAAGAAGCAGUCGAGUGAGAUUAGGUAUUUCAAAUACUCUGGGGGCAGUGUAUUCGUAUUCAGCUAGAAAACAAAAUACCAAAAUGGCUCACAGAUGGCCAACGCAAAAAGCACUUAUGUUUCUAGAUAAUCUUACUCUAGGCCAGACUGGGAACUGAUGCAGCCUCCACAGACCCACAGAACAUACAUGCUGUAUUACUUCAUAUAAGCAGAUGUACCUAAAAUCAUUGUGUUGUAAUCAGCUGUUGUGUUAAUGACACAGUGCUUGGACCAUCCAGUUACUGGGCUGUAACUAUUAUAACAACAUACAAAUGAAAAACAUUAACACUAUGAAAACAAAAAACAAAUGUCUUCUGUGUAUCUCGGUUCUAGAAUAGUGUUUGUUCCAGUGACAUGUCUGCAGCAGCGAUUGCAAGACGGAUAAUUCUUCUGAGAUUGUCCAAAAAGUUUUAUUUGAUUUGACUUUUAAUUUGUGUUUUUAUUUCUUUUAAUAUUCCCUGUAUCUUUUAGUGCAGGUUUAUUCUCACAAUGAUUUUGCCAAAGCAAUGUUAAUAUUGAAGCACUGUUAUUUACAGCUUCCUACAGCUUGAAAACUACUGGAGGGACUGUAGAAGAUACUGGAAUAAUUAGGUCAUUUUUAGAUGCUUACAGGGUUCCAAGUACUAUUGGAUUAGAACAUGCACCAGAACCAAAAUGAGCUUCUUUAAUGUCCAGGAUAUAUAACCGAGGUACAGCAUUGGACUGUGCCAAGCAUAUAUGUGUUUAUAUCAUAUGCAAAUGCCCAGAUGUUUACGACCAGAAAUAGCAAUGAUUUUCAAAUCCUUUUGUAGCUAAAUGUUGUUGCAGCAUUGCUAAUCAUGAAGAUGUCACUAGAAGAUAUGUUAUUUGAGUUAUGGGGAAGUCUUUCCUAGAUUACAAUGUUUAGCACUUUCAUUCCUCAUGAAGUCACAAUGGGAGUACGCAGGACAGCCUAGGCUGAUCUUAAGAGUCUGCUGCAGGAGAGGUGUUAGUAGGCACAGUAUUUUUAGCUGCUGAUUUAAUGUGCUUUAGAUACUGUGCUAACAAGCAGUGAUUGCCAGGGUUGGGUAACAUGAAGUAAGAGGUACAUGGUUGAUGAAUGGAAUAGAGUCCUGCUGAAUUCAUUGCUGUACCAAGUAUCACCGAAGUGAAGGAACAAACUAUAAUACUCUUGAUUUUUAUUGUUUAAAGACAUUACUGAAAAACUUUGCUCUGCAUAAAUCUGAAACGGGGCGUCAACCAGAAACAAACUGGAAGAAACAUAGGCCUGUAUAUGAAGUACUUUUAUAUUUAUUCAGCAUUUAGAUGGAUUCUUUACAAUUGUUCUGUUACAUUAAAUACUGUUUAGUAUUGCUGUAUUGGUAUGAAAGGGAUGAUUUGCAUUGUUCAAUAUUCUACAAACCAGCCUGACUGAAGUGUGACAAUACAGGGGAUUGUGACUCUGGCCAGCCAACCAGUAGUACAUGCAAUCCAGCACACUUAGAGGCUGGGUAUGAGUGGACCAGGGAAAUGCAGACUAAGGACAGGCAUUCUUUAAACAGGUUAUUAACCUUUUGAUACAGCAGGCUUUUCAUUUCUGUACAAACGGAGACAGAGUGGCUAUUCUUCAUGAUGUGCCCAGGGUCUGGGGUCAGCUAGCCUGCAGAGCACAGGCACUCACACACACACUGCAUGUCAGCCUGUUAUGGUACUGUCAGCUUAGCAUACACUGAAAUAUUACCAUCAGCUAGUUGACAAUGAAAUGAAUUUACAGGAUUGUUUGCAUGCAGUCCAUACCUUAUAACUGUUGUCAGAAUGGCUGGCUCUUCUAACUAGUAGUCAGUAGUUUGUUUUAAAAGUAGCUAUGCAAAAUGAAGACCCUGUGCAGUUUGUCAGAGCAAAGGUUUUCAUUAAUUUUGAGUUGCAGGUUUAUUAACACAAAGUUUAGAGACUUUAUUAACGGUAUUUAAUAUUUUAACGUGUGUUGUGUGUGUAUAUAUUGGGUUGCAGUUCUUUGCACAGUAGAAUUAAAUAGUAGGACAGAAAGGCAUACAGUACAAAGGUUUGCAUAUUUUUAAUAAGUCAUUCCACUAACUCUGCCUAAACAUAUACUUGAACUAUAAAUGAAGCAGUGUGAUGCUAAAAUGAGGAGUCGUUCAUUUGGAAAGCCUGGUGUUACUGGUUUUUUUUUUUUUUUUUAAUUAUUGUUAUUGGGAACUGGUUUAAUUUUUGUGCUACCUGUUUAAAAGGAAGUGUCAGCCUGUUUCAGAUUUCAAUUUCUUUACAAGCGAUCAUUAACUUGAACACUAAAUGAUGUUCUUGGCGAUAGCCUGGUUCUAUACCAGAGGAUUAUGAUGUUGAAAGUGGGCCUAUAUUAGGUUUAUAAUAGAAGGUAUUAUCUUAAACAUCUAAUCGUACUUUUGGCUGAGCUCUGCAUUGUGCAGCUCCUUCCUAUGUCAUCUAUUCACCAAUUCCAUCUUAACUCUCAUCAUCCAUUAUUUAAAAGUGCCCCAAAUCUAAAGCAAAUUGCCCCAGAAAGAACAAUUUCAUUUCCGACUGAAGGUUGACAUUGUCUUUUAACACCGGUUUUUGUUUGAGAUCAUCUGCACUGUACAUUAUUUAUUUGUCAGAUUUGCUUCAUUUUCAUACAUUUUAUUUUGUAAAUAUAUAUGUUGUAUGGAGCUUGAAUUAAAAUGUAAAUAUUUCAUGUAUUUGUACUAAUUAUAAUCCAUUCGCUGUAUAGCCUAGACGUGUAAUGCAGAUAUAUCUAAUUCUGUGUGUGGUAAUCUUGCACCACUGAACUGUUUAGUGAACGAGAUAACAAUAAAUGUACAACCAGUGCA